CGACGAGACGGCAGAGUCAAGAGUGGAUUUUGGAUUAGCUGGAACACCGAGCCGAACGCACAUUACAUCAUCAUGAAAUUCUACCUGGGACUGGCGGCGACAGUGGUCGUGAUGGCUUCCCUGGCUCAGCCAGGUGAGGCCACCUUUGGCAAGCUCAAUCUCCUCCUGGGCGGCGCAUCCACCGCUGGCUAUGGAUCUGGAUAUGGUUAUGGCUCUGGUUAUGGCUCUGGCUACGGAUAUGGAUCGGGCUAUGGAUCGGGGUACGGUGCCGGCUAUGGAUACGCUCCCGAGAACGUGGUGAAGGUGAUUAAGGUCUCGGUGGUGCCAGGAGGAGGAGUCGGCGGCGGCUAUGCUGGAGGCUAUGGCGCUGGCUACACUGGAGGCUAUGGAGGCGGCUAUUCCAGCGGCUUUGUGGGUGCUGCUCCGGCCAUAUCCACCUCCGCCGUCGUUACUCCGGUUGUCACUUCGGUCUCCACGCCGGUGGCUGCUCCUGUUCUGGCCGGAGGUGCCGGCUAUGUGAGUGGUUUCGGUGGUGGCCUGGCCGGAGGCUUGGGCAGCUACGGGGGCUUGGGCGGCUUGGGUGGCUAUGGAGGCUCCAUCGGAGGGGGUGCCGCCCUUCCUGCCUCCUACGGCUUUGGCGCCGGCUAUGGAGCUGGCGGUGGCUUUGGACUGGGAUUCCCAGCCCCACCACCACCUCUGGGACUGGCCGGAGGACUCUGCUAGAAGAUGAAGAGACGAAACCACAAUGGGAACAACAGUGGAGUGUUUUUUUUUGAUAAUUUUAAACAACGAUUUGUAAUUUAAAACUAACGAUUUGAAAUAAAAUGUAUAAAAAACGA